AUGUUCGAGACAACCUGUCCAUUGGAUGUCACUUUGUACCCUUUCGAUACUCAGACUUGUGAGAUUAUCAUAGCCUCUUGGAUGUACGAUCACAGGAGGGUGAAGAUUGUCCCAAAGGACACGCCAAACAACACAGUCUACUUUGGCGAGAGCGGAGAAUGGAUCUUCGGCAGUUCCAAGGCCAAACAUGAUUUGGUGGAGUACAACGGCAGUAACUUCAGCAUUGCUCGCAUUUCUUUCACAUUCCAACGACGACGAGCGUUUUACGUUAUAAAUGUGAUUGUGCCGGUCCUGUGUCUGUCUCUGCUCAAUACCUUGGUGUUUCUGGUUCCGCCAGAGUCCGGAGAGAAAAUAUCCCUCUCCAUUAACGUGGUUCUAGCCUACUCAGUCUUUCUCUCCAUCGUCAACGCUGACAUACCUGGAACGUCAAACAGUGUUUCAUACCUAGCCAUAUACCUCAUAUAUGUUCCCGUGAUGGGCAUGAUCGCAGUGUUUAUGUCAGCAGUUGUGCUGUGGAUAUUCCAUGCAAAAGCCAGACAACUUGAUGAGAAACACAGACAUUUUUCCCUGGGAUCGUGUUCACCACAAUCCCGAAGAAAACAGGACUCUCUCGAACACAGGCCAUUUCCAUAUGGUGACAGACAGAGCCAAAUACAUUCAAUAGGCAACCAAAAUUGA